AUGACCGGGCUCGGUCCUGCGGCAUGUCGGUCUGACCCGGUCAGCUGCAGACUGUGGACAGACCCUCAGCUGCCUGGUAUAUUUAUGAACGGAGAUUUUGUAGUUGGAGGGAUUUUUUCUAUUCAUUAUUACACAAAAUCAGAGCAGAUCAGCUACACCAAGCUGCCGUCACAGCUCCAGUGCUCCGGAAGCAUGGACUACAGGGAGCUGCGCUUCGCCCGUGCCAUGGAGUUCACCAUCCACGAGAUCAACAACAGAACCGACCUCCUCCCAGGCAUCAUGUUGGGGUACCAGAUACACGAUUCCUGUUCCGCCGUACCCAUGGCCAUCAAAGUCGCAUUUCAGUUCGCAAACGGUUUGGAAGCCGCAUUUAACGACACGGAUUCAUGCUCAAAAUCAGCGUCUGCUGCUGUGACCGCCAUAGUGGGGGAGUCUGCCUCCACCCCUUCUAUCAGCAUGGCCAGGCUGCUCGGGCUAUUUAGAAUUCCUCAGGUGAGCCACUAUUCAACCUGCACGUGUCUGAGUGAUAAAGCUCAGUAUCCUGCCUUCUUCAGGACCAUACCCAGCGACCAACACCAAGCGGCCGCGCUGGCGAAAAUGGUCAAACACUUCGGCUGGACGUGGAUCGGAGCGGUGCGCAGCGACUCGGACUACGGAAAUUACGGCAUGGCGGCGUUCCUGAAGGCCGCGCAGGCGGAGGGGAUCUGUGUUGAGUAUUCGGAGUCCUACUACAGGACGCAACCCCGCAGUAAACUGGAGAGAGUGGCCGACGUGAUCCGCAGGUCGACCGCCCGCGUCAUCGUGGCGUUUCUUGCCUCUGGUGAUAUGCGGUUCCUCCUGGAGGAGCUCGCCCGACAGCCACCGCCUCCUCUUCAGUGGAUAGGAAGCGAGACGUGGAUCAUUGAGCCCGAGCUGCUGCGCUUUAACAUGUGCGCCGGGGCGAUAGGGUUCGGGAUCCCCAGAUACGUUAUUCCAGGACUUCGUGAGUUUCUAUUAGACCUGACGGCCACCAAGGCUUUGAAAUCGCCUCUGCUUACUGAGUUUUGGGAGAGCUCGUUCGGCUGUAAGCUUGAAGGGCGGACGGGCACCUCUGAGGGCACACGGGUGUGUGAUGGCACCGAGGACAUUAACGCACUGCACAAUGCGUACACAGACACGUCUCAGCUGCGCGUCACUAAUAUGGUGUACAAAGCAACGUAUGCCAUAGCGUACGCCAUUCACCAGCUGAUAUGUAAUGAAACGCAGUGCGACAAGAACAUUAAACUGGCACCAUGGCAGAUACGUGACCAGCUCAAACGAGUAAACUUCACUACCAGGAACGGUUUACAGGUCUCGUUCGACUCUAGCGGAGACCCUCCGGCCGUCUACGAGCUCGUAAACUGGCAGGUUAAGAAGGACGGCGCUUUGGAUUUUGUGGCUGUUGGUCACUACGACUCGUCCAGACCGAGAGGGCAAGAAUUUACCAUAAACAAAGCCAUCAGCUGGGUGGGAGGACAGACCAAGGUUCCAGUCUCCGUGUGCAGCGAGAGCUGUCCUCCGGGUACCAGGAAGGCCGUGCAGAAGGGAAGACCUGUCUGCUGCUAUGACUGUAUACCCUGCGGGGAGGGAGAGAUCAGUAACACGACAGACUCUUUAGAUUGUUUGCGCUGCCCUCCUGAGUUCUGGCCCAAUCCUAAGCGAGACAGCUGCCUCCCCAAACCCGUCGAGUUCCUGUCCUGGGACGACACCCUCAGCAUCAUCCUGACCGUGUUCUCCAUCGCUGGGGCCGUCAUGGCUGUAUUCGUGGCGACCAUCUUCUACAAACACAGGAUGUCCCCGAUCGUCAGAGCCAACAACUCUGAGCUGAGCUUCCUGCUGCUCUUCUCUCUGACUCUGUGUUUCCUCUGUUCACUUACUUUCAUCGGUCGACCCUCGGAGUGGUCCUGCAUGCUGCGCCACACAGCGUUCGGGAUCACCUUCGUCCUCUGCAUCUCCUGUGUUCUGGGUAAAACAUUAGUGGUGUUGAUGGCGUUCAGAGCGACACUUCCGGGCAGUAACAUCAUGAAAUGGUUUGGGCCUCCACAGCAGAGACUCAGUGUUCUUGCUUUUACUUUAAUACAGGUCAUUAUUUGUGUUCUUUGGUUAAAAAUCUCCCCUCCAUUCCCCUUUAAAAAUCUACUAACAUACAAGGAAAGAAUCAUACUGGAAUGUGGAUUAGGAUCAGCUGUGGGCUUCUGGGCUGUUCUGGGUUAUAUCGGGAUUUUGGCUCUUCUGUGUUUUGUUUUGGCUUUUCUGGCUCGAAAACUUCCUGAUAAUUUUAAUGAAGCUAAAUUUAUCACCUUCAGCAUGUUGAUAUUCUGUGCAGUUUGGAUCACUUUUAUUCCAGCGUAUGUCAGUUCACCUGGUAAAUUUACUGUAGCUGUGGAGAUUUUUGCUAUUUUAGCAUCAAGUUUUGGUCUGAUUGUUUGUAUUUUUGCUCCUAAAUGUUUUAUAAUCGUGUUUAGGCCGGAGCAGAACACCAAGAAGCACCUCAUGGGGAAAACAUGA